AUGUUAUAUAAAGAAUUUAUACUUCAAGAGUUUUGUAGACACAGCAUUGGUGGAAUAUUUGGACGUCGAAGUGAAGGACACCAUGUGUCUUGUACAUCAUGUUGUAACGAUACAACAACUUGUAACCUUGGUUUGAAAUGUGAAAGCGAUCAUCAUGUUAUAGGAUCCACUUUGCCAAGAGAAUGUUCUGAUAUACAAGGACAGCAUCCUAAUGGCGUGUAUAAGAUAUACCCAGAUGGAAUAUCACCUGUUUCUGUCUUUUGUGAUAUGCAUACCGAAAAUGGAAAGUGGACGGUUAUACAAAGACGUUUAAACGGAUCGGUGAACUUUGAACAGAAUUGGGAUACGUACAAAGAGGGCUUCGGUUACCCAAACGGUGAAUAUUGGUUAGGGAACGAUAUAAUCCAUGAAAUAACCGUCCAUAACCGACAUGAAUUAAGGAUUGACAUGGAAGACUUUGAAGGUCACACCAAGUACGCUAAAUAUUCAUUAUUUAGUGUUGGUGACGAGACAAGUGAAUAUGAGAUGACAGUGCUUGGAUACAGUGGCAAUGCAGGAGACUCGUUGUCAUCUCAUGAUGCUAUGCUGUUUACUACGUUUGAUCGAGACAACGACCAGAGUUCUGGUAAUUGUGCUAAGAUAUACCACGGAGGCUGGUGGUACUUAAAUUGUCAUCAUGCUAACCCGAACGGGCGUUAUCUUUCGGGAACCAGUCCAUACGGAGAGGGGAUAAACUGGUAUGCAUGGCAUGGUUUCCAUUACUCUCUUAAAUCAGUGAAAAUGAUGAUUAGAAAACUACAUUAAAGAUUUAUAUAAUCAUAUUUUUUUCUGUGUUAAUACAUCUU